CUGCUGACCUACACUCUGGAGACUUUGGUCAGCCUAUCGUCACAUGGUGAAGGCAAACCCUUAAAAAACCUCCAAGCUGCAUGCCCGAGACCCCAGUCUUCUGUUGUGUGCAACACACCAGCUGGUCUUGGUGUUCGUUCUGCUUUCUCUACCCUAGAAGGCCUCCGAGGUAACAUCAUGUCAGACACUGAGGAAAUUGUGGAGGAGUACGAAGAAGAGGAGGAGGUGAAUGAGGAGGAAGAAGAAGUUGUAGAAAAGGAACUGGAGGAUGAUGAAGCAGAGACGAAAGAAAAGCAUGCAGAGGAGAACGAGCAGGAGGAGGACUCCAAAUGGCGGCCUAAGACAACUUAUGUGCCAAACAUUGCUCCUCCAAAGCUCCCUGAUGGUGAGAAGGUGGAUUUCGAUGACUUGCACCGAAAGAGAGUAGAAAAGGAUUUCAACGACCUCCAGACCCUGAUUGAGUCGCAUUUCUCCACCCGCCAGAAAGAGGAGGAAGAGCUGGUCGCGCUGCGUAACCGCAUUGAGCGCCGUCGAUCAGACAGAGCAGAACAACAACGUGUCCGCUCCGAGGAGGAACGUGAACGGCAAACACGUCUGGCCGGGGAGAAGGCGAGGCGUGAGGAGGAGGCAGCCAAACUGCGCGCCGACGAGGAGGCAAAGAAGAAGAUGAUAUUCACCAACAAGUCCUUUGGCGGCUACCUGCAGAAGGUGGACCAGAAGAAGGGCAAGAAGCUGACAGCACGGGAGGAGAAAAAGAAGGCCCUGAUGGAGCGCCGGAAGCCACUCAACAUCGACCACCUGAACCAGGAGAAGCUUGCGGAGAAGGCGCAGGACCUGUGGCAGUGGCUCCACCAGCUGCAUGCAGAAAAGUUUGAGCUGGCCGAAAACCUCAAGAGGCAGAAGUACGACAUCUACGUGCUCCGAAACCGAGUCAGCGACCACCAGAGGGGCUCCAAAGCAUCCAAGACCUCCCGCGGGGCCAAGGGCAAGUCUGGUUCCUGGAAGUAAACUAGACUGCCUCUAGUUGUUUCUGGACUAUUUGUCUCCUUUUUACAACAUGUGUCAUGAAAGCUAUCCUAUGGAUUGUAGGGCUGAACGAAAUCUAAUUGCGAUUUUUCUGCCAGAUAUUGCGAUUGUGAUUCGAUUCACGAUAAAAAAAGGAAGUUAAAAGUAAAAAGUUUAGCUAAAGUUCAAUAUUCACUUGGAGCAUUAUAACACGAGACACCAUCAAAACUGCUCUAUAUUCUUAUGUAAUGAUGAGAACAUAGAUAUGAACUUCUAGAAAUAAGUGUUUUUCUUUUAACAAGCAUGGGACAUUGAACAGUCAAACAAGUAACUGUUUCUA